GACGUGUCGAUGCCUUGGCAUCCCUAUAUCGGUGUUAUUGAGUUGUCCACCGUGAGUUGUCGCGAAUCGCGGCUACGCGACGGCCGUCCUUUUCCUCCAGCCAUACCUGAGUACAAUAAUAGAUUUGGCUGGAACCUGCACAGAGCCUGAUUAAAUAAAUAGUAUUGUCUCCCUCUGUAUCUCUCGGACUGCCGCCCCACCUCCCUUACGUCGUGAACUCGCGACGUAGAUCUUGCUAAAUUUUAGAUCUCUCUUUUGAAUCGACCAGAAGAAAAUCAUCUUUCACCCUGCAGUUUCGUGGCUUUUAUAACCUUUAUCCUGUACGACGAGAGAAUCGAAUUUUUUUUGUUACGUGCCUGAUUAAUGUUUAAGCUCCUCCGAAGUUGACGCAGGCAGAGACAUGGAAGGUCAACAGUUCUGUUUACGGUGGCAUAAUUUUCAAAAUACUCUCUUGAGCUCGUUACCAAAGUUGCUUGACGGUGGUCAUCUGACAGACGUUACGCUCAGUGCCGGCGGUAGACAUAUUCAUGCUCAUAGAAUUAUACUCUCGGCUUGUAGUUAUUACUUUAAAGAACUUUUUAAGGACUUAAGUGUUUUGCAACAUCCGGUCAUUGUGCUGCCAGGCAUGGAAUAUGCAAAUUUAUGUGCUCUGGUCAAGUUUAUGUAUAAUGGAGAAGUGAAUAUUUAUCAAGAACAGUUACCUGCACUUUUAGCUAUGGCUGAUACAUUGCACAUUUGUGGAUUAGCUGACAUGGCUGGGAAAAAUUCGAGACAGGAUAACGACGUGUAUGUGCAGUCACCAGUAAUGCAACCUCAGGAAAGACUGAACGAAGAGAUAAUAAAGACAGAGAAAGAUAAUGUAAUACCUCCUGGAUCAUCAGAAUCUGUAUCAUUGCCUAAAAUGGAUACUUUAGAGGAUGAGGAACCUAAUAAUGACCAAGAAAGUAUACCGUAUUGCGUGAAGACGAAGCCCUAUUACUCUAUAAACGCGAAGUUAAACCAAAGGGAAAAAAUGUCUGUUCCUGUUAACGUAUCUGUUAAUAAGUAUGUCGAUAGAGGCUAUUCGGAGAACAUAGCAGACGAGACAGCGCCGAUUAUGGAGGAUCAAGUCAUUACAGAAGAUGUAAAACCACCGCCAGCUGUGUGGGAUGCAAGUUUCAAGUUGCUUGCAGCGUCCACACCUAGUAGAACUUCUCAGAGUUACAACAAAUCCAGUGUCACUUGUCUUAUUUGUGGUAAACAAUUAAGUAAUCAAUACAACUUGCGAGUACACAUGGAGACGCAUAGUAAUAGCUCGUACAGUUGCACAUCCUGUUCACACGUGUCGCGAUCACGAGACGCUCUCAGGAAACAUGUGUCCUACAGGCAUCCUGUAGCUUCUUCUCAAAAACGUCCACGAUAUAGUACGUCAAAACCAUCAAUAAUGUGAUGAUAAAGUCACUAUUGUGUUAUUCUAUAUAGACAUUUUAACCCUCGCUAGGAUACCUUUCCAUCAAAAUAUAUCUUUCUGUUAAAAAUUAUUUUUUUUCGUUAAAUUACAAAAAAAAAGAAAGGGAAAAAAAUUGAAAUGAAAUUAUUUCAUUAAUUAAAAAUAAUUGAACAUUGUUUUAGAUAUGUUGGAUUAGAGAAUAAUUUAGAAUGAUUACCUAUAUACCUAUUUAUGAUAAAUGAUAGAUUAUGAACAUAAUUGAAUUUGUAAGAGCAGCACUGGACUGAUUAAUGAUAAGACAAGUCGUAAUAACAUCUUCGUUUAAAGUGAGGUCCCAUGGCCCGCGGUUCAGCAUGACUCGUCACACGAUUAGUCUCAAAAUUGAUAUAAAAAAAAGCUAAAAUAGUAAGUCAUCCUGGUCCUACGGCGCACCGUAGAAACAGGAUGGUUCACUAUAGCUCGCGGCUUAUCAGCUCGCUAAACUGUCGGUAAAUUACGCGAGUCAAAGGGCUUGCACCUUGAUUGAACAAAAUAAUUAACUACCGUUAUUGCACCACCCAAUUUCUCUAUGCUUGUAUAUAAAUGUGUGAGAUUGUUGUUUAUAUUAUUGCUAGUCGAGACAUUAUAAGUGACUUUUUGAUCAUUCAAGUCGUAGUAUGGAGUAGAAUGAUAAAAAAAUUGUUGAGUUUCUAUAAUUACAUGAAAAAAUGUAUAUGAAACAACUUUGCAAGUAUUGGCCACGUUCAACAGAAUAUUUAUUUUGUUUUUACUACUACUGUUGAAAGUUUUCUUUUGCGCUAAUUUAAUUAUACUUAGAUCUUAUUUAGAUAUCUUCUAUAGUCCUAUAUCAGCAAAGAAAACUUUCAACAUUUACAAAAUAAACAUUCUGAACACGAUCAUUGACGAUUCAAUAGGAUAAGAUGCCUUAUCGGCUCGUCUGUUCACGAAGAUUUCUUUGGCUCGCGAAACUUAUACCAAUUUUCAAAAAUGAUGUGCCAUGAGCUACAAACCGUGAGGGAUAACCAGUCAUCCUGGUUCCAUGGCGCAUAUAGGCUUUCCGAGUCAUGCCAAGCCACGGGCCAUGGGAUUCCAUCUUUAAAUGUACAAAGUGUGAUCAUGUUCCUGAAGACCUUUAGUGUUCGAAUUGUUAUCGCUUUCUUGUUAUUGUUAUAUUGUUUUAAUAAAGACAAGUUAGAUAAGUCGUGUGACUCUUAGUGAAAAUGCAAUAUCUCUACAUAUGUGCAAAAAUAAAGCUGUAGCAAUGAAAGAACCGCAGAAUCUUAGUUAUAUGGGAUGUGAAUUAUUCUACUAAUAAAGUUGAUACAAAAGGUGCAAAAGACAUUGCAAUAUAAUUUUUUAAUCAUAUAUCAAGAAUUGUAUUAAAAAAUAAUAUACAAUAU